CCAGAGUUCACAUCACAUUAUUUUACAAACAGAGGCGGGGGCCACAUGUUCCAGCUUAGCACCUGUCGGGAGCCCGAUACACAGAAAGCUGUGACACACCCAUCAAAUAAUGAUUAAAAUAAGCUGGUAAUACUACACACUUACACCCAUAUCCAGCGCAUUUUUCUACUUGGCUUUUCCCCCACCACUUUUACUCUCCGCCACCGCCGACCGCCGCCGACCAUGCAACCCGCCGAUAAAUUCUCCUCCGGCGCCCGGCGCUUUCUCGACAAGCCCAAGAACCGUCGGGCAUGGCUGUUCGUUGCUCUCCUCCUCCCCAUUCUGAUCAUCCUCAUCUUCACCAGUGCUCCAAAACACUACCUUUCCUUCCGCCGCCUCACUCAGCGGGCUCCCGUCCGGACUGACAAGUCUUGUCCCUACGGGACAGUUUAUGUCUACGACCUUCCUCCAAUGUUCAACCAGAAGUUACUGGACAACUGCGACGAUAUAGAUCCAGGUAAUUCUUACUGCAAUCCUCUUUCUAACCAGGGUUUAGGCCCAAAAGCCACCGGCCUUAAAGGUAUCGUUCCCAAAGAGCUUAGACCAGCUUGGUAUUCCACUAAUAUGUUUGCUUUGGAAGUCAUUUUCCACAAAAAGGUUUCGAAUUACAAGUGUCGGACUUCCGACCCGAAUUCUGCUUCCGCGUUUUAUGUCCCGGUUUAUGCCGGAUUAGGCGCUCUUAAGUACUUGUACGGCAAUUACUCUGCUGCUAAGCGAGAUGAGCAAUUCGUGCAGCUUCUUCAAUGGCUGACGAACCAACCCAGUUGGAAGAGAUCCAAAGGUGCGGAUCAUUUCAUUGUGUUGGGGAGAAUUUCGUGGGAUUUUAGAAGGGAUUCGGAUAAAAAAUGGGGCUCCAGUUUUCUUCUAAUGCCUCCCAUGAGACAGACCCUGCGUUUGUCAAUUGAACGAAGCCCCUGGGACAGAUACGAAGUUGGUGUGCCUUAUCCUACUGGGUUUCAUCCCAAGUCCAAAUCUGAUUUGGAAAAAUGGCUGAAAUAUGUUAGAACUCGUGACCGUUCAACUCUGUUCACGUUUGUCGGUGGGAAAAGGACAAAGAUCCAGGACGAUUUCAGGUCUUUGUUGUUGGAUCAAUGUGAGAAUGAAUCUCGUUCUUGUAAAGUGAUUGACUGCAUGGCUACUGAAAAUCUUUGCUCCGAUGGGAAUCCCGCGAUGUUGGGAGCAUUUUUGGACUCAACAUUCUGUUUGCAGCCCAGGGGUGAUUCUUACACUAGGAAAUCCACUUUCGAUUGUAUGUUAGCUGGGUCCAUCCCGGUUUUCUUUUGGAAAAGAAGCAUUCACGGUCAGUAUGAUUGGUUCUUGAGGGACGAUCCGGAGCGGUUCUCGGUGUUCAUAGAUGAGAGCCAGGUGAGGAAUGGGACUUCAAUUAAGAAAGUGUUGGAGGGUUAUGGCAUUGAAGAGAUUCAAAUGAUGAGGGAGAAGAUCACUAACUUAGUUUCCAGGUUCUUGUAUACUUCUUAUGAUAGUGAUGGUGAGAUUAGAGACGCAUUUGAUAUAGCCAUGGAAGGCGUCCUACGACGAUUCAGGGAAUCCAGAAUUAACCAAGAAUGAUCCAAAUCUUGUACAGAGCAGCGUUUUUUGAGCCUUGUUAGAAAUCAAUGCUGGCUAUGUUGGUUAAUGAAGUUUAUCCCGCCAGAGCCUAAAAAUUUGAGGCUGAAUCUGGGAGGGUGUUUCAGAUUUGAUGGCAAAAAAGCUCCCAAAUUCUAUGGUUGUUAAAUUCCUGAUCCUCUUGAUCCCCUUUCAGUAUAUUUUUGAUUUUUCGGAUCUAUAUGUUCAUCUAAUGAUAAAGAAGUUCUGCUCGAUUAUUGUGAAAUAUACCGCCUAACUACAUUAUGUUUUGCUUUAGUUCCCAGCAUUUGAUUUGCAGUUUGUGAGUUGCAUUUGUACUUGUGGAAGGAACAAACUAGAACUUCCUCUCAAGUAACUGGAAGAAGUUUACAUUCAUAAAACUGAAAGAAGUUUAUAUGUUUGUUGUAGCGCAAUUUACAGUUCCUUGAACAUGCAUGUCGCCACGUGAAAUACAGGACUCCAUAUUUGCAUUUGUCCAUGUUUUCAGUGAAACUGUAGAAGUGCUCAUCGGCUAACAGGGUCAUUGUAUGUUUUGUUGGUUCGCAUUCUUUUUCAGUGCAAGUCAUAUAAGUUUGAGGUGUUAUGUAAUGAAUUCAAUGAAAGGGGAAACCAUAAGUUACAAUGUUACAUUAUUUAUUUGUUUGGUUUAGAAUGGCAGAACUACCUAGUAGUGUACCAUUGUUAGAAUGUAAAUUAUCGACUUAAAACCCAUGCAUUAUUGUACUCCUUAAUAGUAUCAGGUUGACUAAUUUAUUUGAAUUUGACUGAUUCUGCCCCUAAGUUUUCGAUUCAGCCAAAUUUAUAUGGGAAAUUCUUUCAUUAUUUUGGUAGUAGUAUUAUCUUAAUUAGUUUAUGCGAGUGUCAAUAAGUAUCACUUUAUAAGGUGUUACGAAACAUGCACAUUGGGAUAUACUAGUACCAUAUACUAAUCGAGGUUGGAGUUCAAUAUCAAAUUCUGCUGAAUUUGGUCGCAUUUUGCUGGUAAUAAAUGGGAAAAAUGUUAGCAGCAGUGAAUAUAUAUUUUUUGUGGCUAUAGCGGACAAAUUCCGAUCACGUUCUGGGCACCGAUAAACUGACAUAUCGACCGCUGGUAAUUAAAUGACAACAGCCGGCCACCACUAAAUCAUUCAGUCGGUGUUCAAAUGAUAUGGCAGUUCGAUGUAUUGUUAUUUUAAUCUACGGAUAGUAGUGUGCUCAAUCGGUAAGCUUCACUUUUCGGCCUAACUCAAGUAAGUGUUUUUAUUGAUCAUAUUUUACCACCUCAACAAAGACAUGAGACUUCAGAGACGCAUUACUGUUAAUCUUUGUGGAUACCAAAUUUACAUACAG